AUGGACAAGGAUGAGCAAUCCUCCCCCUUUACUAUUCUCUCAGAGCGACACAAAAAAUGGACCAUCACAAUCACAUCCCUGGUGACAUUUGUGUCACCAGUCUCGGCAAAUAUCUAUUAUCCGGCUCUUAAUGAAAUGACACGCGAGCUCCAUGUCUCCUCAUCAGACAUCAAUUUAACUAUCACAGCCUUCAUGGUUGUGCAAGGUCUAGGCCCCUUUUUCGUGGCUAGUUUGUCAGAUACCUAUGGUCGUCGGGCAACAUCGAUCGCCUCUCUCCUUGUCUAUCUGGCUGUGAACAUUGGUCUAGCUCUACAAACCAGCUACCCUGCCCUGAUGACCCUCCGGUGUUUGCAAAGCUUUGGCAGUAGUACGGCUUCAAUUAUCUGUACUUCUGUGGCAGCGGACUUGGUACCACGAGCCGAACGUGGACGGUACAUGAUAUAUUCGACGCUGGGUGUGACAGUUGGUCCGGCUGUUGGACCUAUCAUAGGUGGUAUUCUGACGCAGUUUCUGGACUGGCGUAGCACCUUCUGGUUCCUUGCAAUUUUUGCAGGAAUUAUGGCAACUUUGAUGCUGGUCUUUGUACCAGAGACCUGUCGUGCUGUGGUGGGAAAUGGGUCCAUUCCACCUCCCCGUUGGAACAUCCCUCUCAUUCAAUGUUUUCGUCACAAGGCAGAUGGCAGCGAACAUGAAAACCACCCUGAAACCGGGAAGCGGCCAGCUCCAACUCAACGGCCAACCCCUUUGGACACCAUCAAAGUGGCAAUGGAGCGAGAAACUGCCCUCAUUAUAUUUUCCACAACUCUUCUAUACUGCGGAUACACAGCUGUGCUGAGCACUCUUCCAUCCCAACUGGAGCAAAAGUAUAACUUCAAUGCGUUGCAAGUUGGAUUGUGCUAUAUCCCGUACGGAAUAGGAAGUCUCUCAUCCCGAUGGACAAUCGGAACACUCGUCGACUGGAACUUUCGGCGCUUUGCAAGAAAGCAGGGAGUGGAUAUUGUUGAAAACCGUCAGGCGCCGCUAGAUUUGAUACCAGUUGAGAAGGCACGGUUACAAAUCGCCAUACCAUUGACAUACUGCGCGUCUAUAGUGAUCGCGGGUUACGGAUGGGUAAUGAAUUUUAAAACUAACCUCGCUGGGCCCCUUAUUAUGCUCUUCUUUGUGUCCAAUUUGGUUGCCGGAGUAUCGAGUGUAUUGUCCACCUUACUGAUUGACUUGCACGCCCAUCGACCAGCUACCGUCAACACGGCAAGAAAUCUAUUUCGAUGCUUGGCCGGGGCAGGUGCCGUGGCCGGAGCUGUUCCGUUGAUCAAUGUUAUUGGGAUUGGGUGGUUUGGAAUGAUGAUUGCCUUUAUUUGGGUUCUGUUUAGCCCAGUGGCGGUGGUUGUAUAUAUAUGGGGGCAUGGUUACCGCCAGCGGAAGAAUGCAUACCGCAAACAAGUUCAAUCAUAA